AUGGGAUUGAUCAAGAAAGUCCUCACACGGCGGAGAGAUCUCAAAUUGAUUGUCACAUCAGCGACCAUGAACUCGGACCGUUUUGCUCGCUUCUAUGGAGGUGCACCUGAGUUCUUCAUCCCUGGACGAACAUUCCCGGUCGACAUCCAAUAUUCCCGCUCUCCCUGCGAAGACUAUGUCGACAGCGCAGUCCGACAAGUCCUUGCCAUCCAUGUCAGCCAGCCAACCGGCGACAUUCUUGUCUUCAUGACCGGGCAAGAGGACAUUGAAGUCACUUGUGAAUUGAUAGCGGAACGGCUCUCUCAACUCAAUGAUCCCCCCAAACUCAGCAUCCUCCCGAUCUACUCUCAAAUGCCGGCAGACCUCCAAGCGAAAAUUUUCGACCGUGCUGCUCCAGGUGUUCGUAAAGUCAUCGUCGCGACCAACAUCGCCGAGACCUCGCUCACUGUCGACGGUAUCAUGUACGUGGUCGACUGCGGCUUCUCCAAGCUCAAGGUCUACAACCCUCGCAUGGGCAUGGACACACUUCAAAUCACACCCGUCUCUCAAGCCAAUGCCUCUCAGCGUGCCGGUCGUGCUGGCCGAACCGGUCCUGGCAAGGCAUUUCACCUCUACACCGAACGCGCUUUCCGCGACGAAUUCUACAUCGCCACAAUCCCCGAGAUCCAGCGAACCAACCUCGCCAACACAGUCCUCCUCUUAAAGUCCCUCGGCGUGCGAGAUCUCCUCGACUUCGACUUCAUGGACCCUCCCCCACAAGACACAAUCACCACCUCCCUCUUCGACCUCUGGUCUCUCGGAGCACUCACCAACCUCGGCGACCUCACCCCUCUAGGAAAACUCAUGACCUCCUUCCCCAUGGACCCCUCCCUCGCCAAACUCGUCCUCACCUCUUCCACCGACUACUCCUGCGGCGAAGAAAUCCUCACCAUCGUCGCCAUGCUCUCCGUCCCCUCCGUCUUCUACCGCCCGAAAGAACGCCUCGACGAAGCCGACGCCGCCCGCGAGAAAUUCUUCGUCCACGACUCCGACCACCUCACCCUCCUCACCGUCUACCAGCAAUGGUCCGCCAACGGCCGUCGCGACCAAUGGUGCGUCAAACACUUCCUCCACCCGAAAGCUCUCCGUCGCGCGGAGGAAAUCCGAAACCAAAUCUCCGACAUUAUGAAGUCCCACAACUUAUCCGUCGUAUCGUGCGGCUACGACCUCGACAUUGUGAGGAAGUGCAUCUGCUCGGGUUUCUACCACCAAGCCGCGAAACGGAAAGGGUUGGGGGAGUACAUCAACCUCCGCACGAGCGUGUCGAUGAAUUUACACCCCACUUCCGCAUUAUAUAAUAGUGGAGAUCCACCCGAUUACGUGGUAUAUCAUGAACUAAUCCUGACGAGUAAAGAGUACAUGUCCGUCGCGACGAGUGUGGACGCGCAUUGGUUGGCGGAUUUGGGAGGGGUGUUUUAUAGUGUCAAGGAGAAGGGGUAUAGUGCUGGGACGGGGAGGAGGGAGGUGGAGUUUUCGAGGAAGGGGGAGUUGGAGAGGGAGAUGGAGGGGGAUCGGAGGGUGCAGAGGGAGAGGGAGGAGGUGGAGAGGAGGGAGAGGGAGAGGGGAAAGGGGGAAGUCAAAGAGGUUGUUGUGGGGAAGGUGGUGAAGAAGGUGGGUGGGGGUGGGAGGGGUGGGAGUGCGGUUGUUAGGCCGGUUAUUGGGAGGAGGAGGUAG